AUGAAAAAUUUUGAAGAAAAUUUUCAAUCAUGGAUGACGAGAUAUGAGGGUGAUUUUAAAGUUAACUUGAAAAUGAUUAAUGAAAAAUUGAAUAUGCUGAAAGUUGUCAAAGAUAAAAAUAGUGAUUAUUGCACGUUAGAUUAUAACUAUUAUGUUGACACUAUUUUAUUGACUGCGGUUCCUUAUGCAGAUAGAGGAGAGCAAAUAGUCAUAUUAAAGCCUUCUGAAAAGAGAAAAAGAAGAGAACUUAAAAAUGAAAAUACUAAACAUCCAAAAAAAAUAAAAUCAACUGAAAAAACUCAAAAGAUAAGUAAAAAAAAAAAGAAGAUUGAAAACGAUGGCAAUUUUAUAAAUGAUAUAGAUUCUACUGAUAAAGAUCUUGGGAAUCUUAUAAAUAAUAUAGAACCUACUGAUAAAGAUCUUGGCAACGUUAUAAAUAAUAUAGAUCCUACUUAUAAAGAUCCUGAUAUUACGAAGAUAGAAAAAUUCUGUGAUGGUUUGAUAGAUUAUAAUGACCUGGAUCCUGAUCAUUUUUUUACAAAAUAUUAG